AUGGCCACAGCGAUGGAACCAGCGGUGGAAGACCUCUCUUCGUGCACGGAUAGUGACGGCAGCGCGGCAAGGGCCCCCAAUGGCUUCUCGGGGGCCCCUACUAAGCCGAAGGGCAAGCGCAAAGGGGCCUCUCCCUUUAUGGUCCUAGGCCUGAGUGCCUCGGUAGCUGCAGCGGCGUCGAAGCACCUCGGCUUCAGACUCCCUACGCCCGUGCAGCGAGCAGCAAUCCCCUCCCUCCUGCAAGGCCGAAACGCUGUGGUGCUCUCACGGACGGGCAGCGGCAAGACAGCCGCUUAUUUGCUCCCCUUGGCAGAGAGGCUGCAGCAACACGCCACCGUCGUAGGCGCGAGGGCCCUCAUCGUCGCCCCCAGCAGAGAGUUGCUGCUGCAGAUACACGCAGUGGCGAAGAAGCUUCUGCGGGGAAGCUCGCUGAUCCUCUGCCCGCUCAUUGGGGGCUGUGGAUUCGACAAGCAGUUCGAAGCCCUCGCCAAGAAUCCAGACAUCCUUCUUGGCACGCCAGGCAGGCUGCUGCAGCUGCAACAGGACGGCGUUCUGCAGCUGCAGGCUGUCUCCAUUGCAGUCCUCGACGAAGCGGACAGAAUGCUCGAGCUAGGAUGGGGUCCCCAGCUGGAACUGCUUUGGGCAGCCCUUCCAGGCAACCAACAAGGCGUCUUUGUCUCCGCCACGCUCCCCGAGAACCUCGUCAGCCUCGCGCGCUUUGGCCUCGCAGACCCCGUCUUCGUAAAGCUCAACGAAGAGGGAACACUGAGCGACAAACUGGCGAUGCGAUUCGUCUUCGUGCGGCCUCCCGAGAAGGCAGCAGCGCUGCUCGCCACGCUCCACCGGCUGCAUCAGGCCUCUCAACAGGCCCUCGUCUUUGUCAGCACGCGCCACCAGGCGGAGCUUCUGCAUGCGCUCCUCUUCAGGUGUAUCCGCAUCUCCUCGGCUGUCAUUUACGGGUCUAUGGAUCAGAGAGACCGAUGCUCACAGCUCGCAGCAUUUAAAAAUCGAAAUUUAUUGUUUCUUCUCGUUACGGAUGUCGCCGCGAGGGGGCUUGAUUUGCGCUCCCUGCCAGCCGUCAUCAACUUCGAUUUCCCGGCAUCCCCGCGACUGUUUGUACACCGGGCAGGCCGCACGGCGCGAGCAGGACUGGAGGGCUGUGCGGUAUCGCUCGUGACUCCGGCAGACUUGCCUUUUGCUCUGGACCUCAUGGCCUUUGUUGGAGGCCGCAUCGUCCCCCUUGCGCAGUGGCACGGGUCAGCAGACGCCGCUGCAGCAGCAGGAGGCGCAGUCGCAGAGGCUGGUAAGAGUGAAGAAGCAUUCCCCGACACCAGCAAGUCUGUGGCAUCAGCGGCCGCAGCAGGCUCUAACACGUAUCCUUUAGGGGCUCCGCCGGCUUUGGAUUUUUACAUCGAAGCCGUAGAGCGCUGCUUGCACGAGGACAGCGAGAUGCAGUCUCUGCAGCGGUCCGCCACGGCAGCGGAAAAGCUGUACUUCAAGACAAGACCUUCGGCUAGCCGUCAGGCCAAUGAACGCGCGAAAGAGCUCCUUGAGGGGGCGGGCGGUGCUCAGCUUGUUGCAGCAAGGCGGUUCACAGAGGCCGCGUUGUUGCCGAUCGUCCUGCAGAGCGGCAGCCAGCAGCAGGAACGGCGGCAGGAGCUGUCUCCGCAGCAACAGCAGAAGCUGCAGCAGCUUCUGAGCGUUAAGGAGCAGGAGACGGCGGUUUCACUGGAGCUGCUGGAGGCAAUGCGGCGCUUUAGACCCAAAGUCGGAGUGCAGGGGAGUGUGCUCAGUGCUGCCGCGGUCCGGGGGAUCGGCAGGAAGCAGCAGGAGCGGCUGCUGCUGUCUGCCGCAGCCCAGCGGGAGGCACAGAAUCACCUGAUCGCUGCCAAUUGCAGCAGCGACACGCAUGCCAGCAGCAGCGCGGACUCUUCAGAACUCAAGAAGAGGGAGGAGGAGGAAGACAGCAGCAACGCCACCAGAACAACCUGCAAGCAGCCGGUCGGCUGCAGCGUUCUGCAGGCGCUGGAGGAGGACGCUGCAGCUGCAAGAGCGACUCGAGAAAGGAGACAGCGCGUCAGCAAACGGAGAAUGCAGAAAGUGGCACGAGAAAUGGGCCUAGAGCCUACAGCAGCGGCAGCUGCUGCUGCAGCCGCUGCUGCCGCUGCGGCGAGUACCCACAGCAACAACCCCGAUGCCUCCUUCUUCAUAGAUGUCACCCCAGAAGCCAAGGCAGCGGGGCAGCACGUGUUGCUGCAGCUGCAGCAGCAGCAGAUGGGACUGGUUGGCGAUGAGGAGUCGGAGCUGCGACGCUCUAAGGUUCAAGAAAAGCGCAAAUGGGACCCUAAGAAGCGGAAGUUUGUCGUCAUGCGAGUAGACAGCAGCACUGGGCUGGCGGUUAAGCGGCAGCGAGGCGAUGACAAACGAGAGGCUAAGACGAGCAGCGCCACGCGGUACGCACAGUGGUCAAAAGCCACGAAGAAGAGGAUUCAGAAGAUUGGAGAAGAGGAAGAGACGACCUUGAGACAGAGCAGCACUUCCCAAUCUCGUUUUAACAGAGCCCGCAUAAAAGAAGCCCUCCAAACAGGGACUCCUUUAACUCACAAACAGGCAAGGAUUGCACGAAAGCUUAUUGCGAAGGUGAGCCCUGAUGCAGCGCCGCAACAAAGCAAAGGCAAAAAAGGAAUGCCAUUGGCCAAAGGAGGGCUGAAGACUGUGGAGGAGAUGCCUCGAAUGUCAGCUUCUCUCACCAUUCCUCAACUGCGAGGUCUUGAGACCCUUAUUAUUCUAGUGGCGCGUUGCAUUGCAGAUUGCGAAAAAUCGGAUCCGGAGGGAGCAGCUGCGUCAGAAGAACGCAAAGAAGGGGAAAGGGAAUCCUUAUGGGGGAACCACUUGAGGCCCUCCCCCAGGAUAGCUGUAGAAGCCCCAGGACAAACUCAUAUAUAUGUUCUUUGCGGAGUUAUAUAUUCGCCCAACAUGAUGCGUUCAAAUACACAGGAAGGAGGAAAGCGGUGUGGCACUGGAACUUGGGAAAAAGUGCUGCCCUCCACCCGCUCUUCUCGUAGCGUGCAAAUGUGGAGUCGAUUAUCGGCGAGGCGACGUCUAUGA